GAGCCCAGCGCCGCCGCCAUGUCCUCCGGGGCCAGCGCGAGCGCCCUGCAGCGCCUGGUGGAGCAGCUCAAGCUGGAGGCUGGCGUGGAGCGCAUCAAGGUCUCUCAGGCAGCCGCAGAGCUUCAGCAGUACUGCAUGCAGAAUGCCUGCAAGGAUGCCCUGCUGGUGGGCGUUCCAGUUGGAAGCAACCCCUUCCGGGAGCCCAGGUCCUGUGCUUUACCCUAGGGAAGAAGUUCUCUGAGGAAUGCCUUCAAGUACAAAGUGAUGAAUGACUGCCUCCAAGUCUCAAGAAAACACUUUCCCCAGCCAAUGACUUUUAGAUAUUUUAGUCCUUUCCGGUGGCCAGGUCCCAUAGCCAAAAAUCCCACAGGAAUUGAUGAGUUUCUACUACAAAUAAAGAAACUGGAAUAGUGAAGGAAUAGAGUUUUAAAUAAUAAUAGCCUGAAUUUUUUUGUGAAGUACUUUAUACUUAA